AUGCCCCCAAAACGCGCUGCUUCUAAGAAGGCUGCCCCUGCCACGCCCUACAUCGAGGGUUGUGUUAUCGCUAUCGCCGGCACCUCGAACAACCUCAACCAAGCCCAGAUCGAAGCCAUCGUCACUGCCCCAGAGUUCGGCGCCACCGUCGCCAGCACCGUCACCAAGAAGGUCACCCACCUCAUCACAAACACCACUGAGGUCGCAAAGGGCACUACAAAGGUCACCAAGGCCACCACCCUCGGAUCCGUCCAACUCGUCACCCUCGACUGGAUCCUCGACAUGCAGCAACAAAAGAAGCGUCUCGAUGAGACUCACUAUAAGGUCGGCUCCUCUACUGCAGCUGCUGCACCCAUCACCCCUGUCUCCCCCGUCUCUGCUGCCUCUCCUGCCGCUGCCGAUCCCCCCAAAAGGACAGCUGCCAAGCGCAAGGCUGCCGCUAUCGACACCGAUGGCGACGAUGACGAGAAGGUCACUGUCGAGAAAAAGAUCAAGACGUUGAAGGACAAGGUUGCCAAGUCUAUAUCCAAGGUCAAGCAGCCCCCCGUCGACCCCGCCUGCAAUCUGAGAAACUCACACAAGGUCUACACUGACGACGAGGUUGCCUGGGACGCUCGCUUGAACCAGACCAACAUUGGCCACAACAACAACAAGUUCUAUCGCAUCCAGUUACUCGUCUCGCCUGGAGGACAGUAUGCCGUCUAUUGUCACUGGGGAAGAGUUGGUGCCUCCGGCAUGUCCUCGACCGAUAACUGCCACAGCUUGGACGCUGGCAAGUCUCUUUUUAUGAGAAAGUACAAGGACAAGACCAGAAACAACUGGGCCGACCGCGAUAACUUUGUCAAGGUUCCUGGCAAGUACCACUUGCUUCCUCCAGAUGAGGGUGAUUCGGAUGAGGAGGGCGAUGAAGAGUCCGAAGAAAAGAAGGCCGCCAAGAAGGAGAAGAAGGAGGCCCAGCCCAUCCCAGAGUCCAAGCUCCACCCCAAGGUUCAAGAUCUCGUCUCCAUGAUCUUCAACACUAAGAUGAUGGAUCAACAGAUGAUGGAGCUCGACUACGACGCCAAGAAGAUGCCUCUCGGAAAGCUCGCCAAAGCAACCAUCCUUGGCGGAUACGAGGUUCUCAAGAAGAUUGCCGAGAUCAUCGACAAGCCCCGCACUGCUGCCAUCACAUACCAGCUGCAAGAGCUCUCGAGCGACUUUUACACAGUCAUCCCUCACAGUUUUGGCAUGAAGGUCCCACCCGUCAUCAACACCGCACCUAUGGUCAAGACCAAGUUGGAGAUGUUGGAGGCUCUCGGAGAGAUUGAGAUUGCCCAGAAGUUGAUCAAGGAUAAUAAGAAGCUGGAGGAGGCCCUGGCAGUCAACCCAUUGGACCAGCAGUACGCUUCUCUCAGACUCAACAAACUUGAACCCAUGGACAAGGAAUCCGAGCGCUUCAAGCUUAUCGACCAAUUUGUCCGCAACUCUCAUGGAAAGACUCACUCGUACUACAACCUUGUCAUUGACGAGGUCUUUGAUCUUGACCGUGAGGGCGAGCAGGAGCGCUUCAAGGAUGCUGGCUUUGACAAACUUCACAACCGCCGCUUGCUCUGGCACGGAAGCCGUCUUACCAACUAUGUUGGUAUUCUCAGCCAAGGUCUUCGUAUUGCACCUCCUGAGGCUCCUGUCACUGGUUACAUGUUCGACAAAGGAGCCUACUUUGCUGACUGCGUUUCAAAGUCUGCCAACUACUGCUUCACUGGACCUUCGAACAACACGGGUGUGAUGCUUCUGUGCGAGGUUGCCCUGGGAGACAUGCAUGAGCUUGAGCAGUCGGACUACAACGCCAAGAUCAACUCAGAGAAGGCAGGCAAGCACAGUACCAAGGGAUGUGGACAGUCGUACCCCAAGGCAUCGGGCGAUGUGAUUAUCGAGGACAACCUGCGUGUCCAGGCCGGAGAGUUGGAGACUGAGCCAGCCAAGACCAAUGGUUACAGACUCCAGUACAACGAGUACAUUGUCUACAACACCAGCCAGAUCAAGAUGCGAUACCUCAUCAAGAUGAAGUUUGACUAUGGCAGCCGCCGCUGGACGACCAUCACUCACUCGCUCACCCACCAACAGGACAUCAUCAACGACAGACAACCCUCUCUCUUCACCAAUAUGCUUACCGGAAAAGGAUGGUCCGGCAAAGUGGUCAAGUCGCUCGCACUUGUCGCCGCCCUCGCUGUCGCCAUCGUCCACGCUGAUGAACAUUCACACAAAUAUGAAGACUCAGAAGCGGUCGUUGUUUGGGCCAACUCAGUAGGACCUCUGAGUAAUCGACAGGAGACAUACGAAUACUUUCAACUGCCAUACUGCAAGGGUGAAGGUCAAGUCGAGCACCGACAUGAGACCUUGGGCGAGGCCUUGCUCGGAAUGGAGCUCGUCAACUCUGGAAUCUCCAUUCGUUUUGGAAAGAGCCAGGAUUCUACGUCGAUCUGCCCUAGACGCCUCUUGACCGCGCAGGACGUCACGACGUUCCAAUAUGCCAUUUCUCACGACUACUGGUUCCAAUACUUUAUCGAUGAUCUUCCUGCCUGGGGAAUGGUUGGCAAAAAGGACAAGGAGACCGGCAAAGUCUCGCUGUUCACUCACCAGAACUUUGAAUUCGAAUACAAUGGCGACCAGAUCAUCUCAGCAAAGGUGACACCCGAGAAUCUCGUGUUGUUGACCAACUCGCAGGCGGGUGUUCACGUCGACUUUACGUAUUCUGUCCAGUGGAAAGCGACGACCAAGGAGUUCAAAACACGAUUUGAGCGUUACCUAGAUUCCGACUUUUUCGAGAACAAGAUCCAUUGGUUCUCGAUUUUCAACUCGUUGAUGAUGGUGCUGUUCUUGACAGGAUUUGUCAGUGCGAUGUGGAUCCGCUAUCUCCGCCGCGACUUUGCUCGUUACGACAAAGAGGCUGGCCUGACCGAUUUUGACCAUGACCUGGGUGACGACUAUGGAUGGAAGCAGAUUCAUGGCGACGUGUUCAGACCCCCAGCCAGCCCCAUGACCUUUGCAGCGUUUCUCGGAACAGGACACCAGCUCGCCUGGACUUCGUUUUUUGUGAUCCUAUACACCAUCUUUGGACAAGAGUGGACCGAACGCGCCAGCAUCAUGACUGCCACCAUUUUCACCUACGCCUUCGCGUCAAUGAUUUCGGGAUACUCGAGCGCUAGUCAGUACUCGCAGUACGGCGGCAAGGAAUGGGUUCGUUGCAUGUUUUUGACGGCUGGAUUCUGGCCUGCCGCAGUUGUGAUUGUCACCAGCUUGAACAAUACCAUCGCCAUCUACUAUACCAGUUCCCGCGCCAUUCCCUUUGGCACCAUGAUGGCGCUACUUGUGAUCUGGAUGUUUAUUGUCCUUCCACUGACACUUGUGGGAAGCAUUAUGGGCAAGAACUGGGCCGGAAAAGCCGACUUCCCCUGCAGAGUCCAUGCCAUCCCUCGUCAGAUCCCCGAAAAGAUCUGGUACGCCGAACCCAUCGUCGUCAUUGCGCUGGGAGGCAUCUUGCCGUUCGCGUCGAUUUUUAUCGAGAUUUAUUUCCUGUUCACGUCGUUCUGGUCCUACAAGGUCUACUAUGUCUAUGGAUUCGGACUGCUGGUCUUUGGAAUUGUUAUGCUUGUCACUGCAUCGGUGACCGUGGUGAGCACGUACUUUGUGAUCAAUACUGAAGACUAUAGGUGGCAUUGGAUGAGUCUUGCGACUUGUGGGUCUACCGCGGCGUAUGUGUACAUUUAUUCUGUCUACUAUUACAUGCAGAAAACCAAGAUGUAUGGCUUGUUCCAGACGAGCUUUUACUUUGGCAACACGGCAUUGGCAUGCAUGGCGAUCUUUUUGAUCCUCGGAUCUGUGGGACAUUUUGCUGCCAACAAGUUUAUCAUGAGGAUAUAUCGCAACGUUAAACUUGAUUAG